AUUUCAUUUUAAGUACAUAAUGGACAUCAUUUCCUUCCUUUCGUCCAUUAUAUUAUUCAAUUUUAGUCCAAAUUUAAUCUAAUUCACGUUUUUUAAUAUAUUGCUUGUCAAGGGUCUUCAAAUACAAAGGUUAAAAUAUGGCGGACCAGAGCAGGGAGAUUGAUCUGAACGAGGAUAUUGAUCUGAACAAAGAGUAUGAUAUGGCCGAGAGAAUUAUCUCAUUGGAGCACAUAAACCAUUUGUUAUUGGAGAAAGUUGACAAGUUAGAAACUAAUCACAGAGUUGAAUUAGAAGCCAAGGAAAUGGAAAUUAGGGGCCUAAAGCGGAAGCUUGAGGAUUACGAAAGCCGAUGGAAAAUUCAGAUGGAUUUGCUUUGUACGCUGAAGAACGAUUUGGCGGAGAGGCCAGCUAAUGAAUUGCUAACUAAAGAUUCCGAAUCGGAGAGAAAACUGAAGAUUCAGGACAAUGCCAUUUCCCAAAGCCUUAUCAAGAACGAACAAGUUGGUGGGUCUUCUGACGUAAAUAAAGAUAAUUGAUGUGCUCGCGUAUUUUGUUAUUAUUACUCCUCCAGGAGUUCUGUCGACAAUCGUGU